AUGAGGGCUGAGCCUCCACGCCUGUGGCCAGAGGGCGGCCCAGCAGCGCAGGACACGGGUGGGGGGGAAGAGCCUCCCACGGGAAGCGCAGAGAGGAGCCGCGGGGCCGCGGCGGGGCCAGGGUGUGCUCGUGUCCCGACGGCCGCAGGGCGCUGCACCCCCGCCCGGCGUGGGCAGGGCGGCCAGCGGGAGGGGGGCGCGGGCGCGGGCGGGGCGGGAGCGGGGCCUGGCCUCCGGGGCGCGGGGGGUCACGCCCGUGCCCACGCCACCGCAGGCAGCCCGCCGGCUCCCCAGGCCUGGGCUCCGCAGCCGUCCGCGACACCGUCCGAGACGCCGGAGACGCGGCUGCCCCCCGCGCCGGGGCGUCGGUGCGCACGGCCGGACCCGGGCAGGGGCAGGGGCAGGGGCAGGGGCAGGGGCAGGGGCGGGCGAGCAGGGCGGCCGGGGUGCGCGGGGGCCUCGGGGGCCUCGGGGCCCGGCCCCGCCGCGCUGCGCUCCCGGGCGCGGGCCCUGCCGGCGCCGCUUGGGGCGGGCGGCGGGGGGGGCGGGGCCGAGGCCGCCUCCGGGCUGCAGGGGGCGGGCCCCGCGGAGCCGCCGACGCGCAUUGGCCGCUGCGGCGCAGGAAGCGCGUCCGCCCGGGGGCCGCGGGCGCUGGGGGCGUGUCCCGGGCCGCGCCGCACCGCCCGCCUCGGACGCCGGGACCCCGAGGGCGGCAUGAGACGGCGGCGCCGGGCGGAGCGGGAGCGGGAGCGGGAGCGGGAGCGGGAGCGGGCGGGCGCGGCCGGGGCCCUGCUGGACGCCGUCGCCGCGCUCAGUCGGACGCUGCCCGCCGGGCCCAGCCCCGAGACCUUCCGCCGCGCCAAGUUCGACCGUCCGGAGGCGGCCCCGCCGCUCUGGCGGACGCUCUUCCUCGCGCUCUCGCCGCUGCCGGGCGACUGCGCGCCUGCGCCCCGGGCCCCGCCGGCGCCUCCGGCCCUGGAGGCCCAAGUCCGCCUGGUGAAGAGGGCGCUGCGCUCCCAGGGCUACCCCCGGCGGGCGCUGGCACAGCUCCCCGAGGACGGCGCCCGGGGCAGCCGCGAGCUCCUGCUGGCCCUCGCCUGGCUCCUGGCCCGCGGGCCCCUGCUCGAGCGGCUGCUGGGCCGGACACGCGUGCGGCUGGGCGACGAGGUAGCCCUGUGCCAGUGCGAAGCCCCGGCCAGUCCUGGCCCGCCGGCAGCCUGCGGGGGUGCAGAUGGCCCUGUGGACAUACGCCACUUGCAGUGGUUGAUGGGAAAGCUGCGGUUGCAGUGGCGAAACCUGAUGACCAGUCAGCAGGAGCAGUGUGCCCUCCUGGCCAAGAUCCACUCGUAUACCCGUGGCUGCCACAGUGACCGAAGCCUCGGCCACCUGUCUGUUGCUGAGACCGAGAUGCUCAGGGACCCGGAGGGAGGCCAGCAGCUGCUCCGGAGGCUGGAGAGUGAGAACGCGCGCCUGGAGGCUGCCCUGGCGUGGCGGCGCCGGGAGCUGGUCUUCUGGCAGUGGAUGGACACUGUCCUGGGGGCCUGCCCCCUGGAGGCCGCACAGCCCCCGUUUCUGCCCAGGAUCCCCGAGUCGGGGGCUGACCAGUUGGAGAUGGUGGCUCAGCAGCUGCAGGCCCUGCACGAGGAGCUGCAGGGAGCCGUGGAGCCCCGGCGGGCGGCCUGGGAGGCCAGGGUUGGAGGCUCGGGGUCCGAGUGGAGCGCUCUGCAGCGGGCCACCCAGGAGGCCGUGGGACAGGAGCUGGCGGCACUUCGGCGGGCCUGGGAGCAAGGUGGGGCCCCGGCCCAGCCCCACGGACCCUGCCGGCUGGUGAAGAGUGACGCCAGAGCCUCGGGGGGCCCGGGGCUGCGGGCUGCCGAGGUGAUUGGGGCGCUGCGCAGCCGGGAGGCCUGCCUGGAGGCGGUGCUGCGCCAGCUGCGGAGCCAGUGUCGGCAGGAGCUGGCCCGGCUGGCGGCGGCCCUGCCCGGCCUCAUCUGGAUCCUGCCGCCUGGUCAUUGAGGGGCCGCGGGUGUGCGCUCCUCCAGGGGGAGGCCUCCAGGGGGGCCGGGACCCGGGGACGAGGCAGACACAGAGCCUGUGGCUGACCUCACCGGGAACAGCCCAGCCCCUUGGCUGGCGAUACCAGGGCAGGACGACAGGCCCAGCGAGGUGUCCGUGGGCAUUCAGGACCAAGAGAGUACGCACAACUGGGUUGUAGAGGCCUCCCUGCAGGGGCGAGGCCCUGUCCUGCCCCCCCCGCCCCCCCCGCCCCCUUCCAGGUUGCCGUCUGGGUGUGGCUGGGUCUGCUCAGGCCUGGGGGAAGGGGCCCCUGGGUGUCAGGCAUCAGGGUCGCUGGUGCCCCUCACGCACUGCAUCCGGGCCCCCACCGCGUGCCCCGCCUCGUUGGGCCUGGUGUGUGCGUGUGUUGGGCAGGGGCGCUGGCUGGGAGCCUGGGGUGGGGGCUCUGUUCCUUUCCUGGGGGCGGUGCUGGGGGUGAGGGGGAGGCCACCGUGGACAGAGGGGGCUUUGUUCGUGAGUCCGAUGGGGGAGCUGGGCUCGGCCCUGACAAAGAGCCAUCUGUGUCUGGGGGACGUGCCCCCAGCGCGCCGGAACAGGCCCCCUCCAUCGCAGGGGCCUCAGCCUGUCGGCACCCCUCACCCAGCAGGCGCAGACGGCCUCGUCCUGCCUCCCGCCAGGCUCCCCUUGGCCCGGGGCAGCUGAACCCCAGCCUGCUGCUGCCAGCCGGUUCAGGCCCGGGGACACUUCCAGAGCCUGAGUCCCCAGCAGAACAUCCUCGGCUUUUCCUGCUGCUGAGGGUGUGCUGGAGCAGCGGCUCACACUUGGGGCGCCGGGCUGGGCCAGCCUGGUCCCCACCCCCAUCCUGAGGGACAUGCCGGGGCUCCCUCUGCGCUGUCACACCAGGCAGACUGGUCAGGAGCAUGGGCCGGACCAGGCAGUGGCCGGCAGGUUCCCCCUUCAGGAGAGCCUCUGGGCCUGCGCCCCAGCUUCCUGGCCCGGGGUCCCUCCCUCCAGCCACAGGCCCCCCCGCUCCUCCUCGGGGCUCCGGCUGUAGGCCAGGCACACGGGCCUCGACCCUCCGCCUGCCCUGCCCUCAGCCAUCACGACCACCGGGUGGGACCCUUCGCGUCUCGGAAACGAGUCCACUCAGAACUGCCCGCCUUGGAGGACCGCGUCCGAGCCAGGCCGCCCCUGGCCCCCGACGCUUGGCUUUUACAGGCCCAAGGAAGCUCGGUCUUACGGAGCUGUCACUUCUCAGACCGGUCUGUAGGUCCAAUACAGCCCCACUGAAAACCCCGA